GUAACUGUAUAUAUGUGUACCGGUACCUAAAUAAAUUGAUUUAUAAAGGAGCCAUCGAGCCAGCUUGAGGAAGCAGCUGUUGUUGUGGUCAAGAUGGCUCAGCCGGGAGCUGCUACUCGUCUUCUCUCUCAGUUAUCCAGAGUUGUGCUGACCCCAGGACGAGGCGUGAGCACAUCAGCAGCGAGAUGUGUAGAUGACUUAACUCUGAAGCAGGUGGAACCUCAGGACACCCGCAAGUCACUUCUCAGCUCUGAGGAGGUCCAGCACCAGAAGGCUCUUGCUGGUUAUAUCACUGUUGAUACACCAGAUGAUAUUACUCACCUCACUGGUGUACCAGAAGAGCACAUUAAAACUCGACGAGUGUUGAUCAAGAAACCAUCUAAGAACACUAUGCAGUCUGGCACCAGUAAUAUCCAUAAAUGGUAUAUUACAUUUGAUCAGCGUGAGCGUUGGGAGAACCCGCUCAUGGGGUGGGCCUCAACAGCAGACCCACUGUCGAAUACUGUGGUUGACUUUUCAUCUCGAGAGGCUGCCAUAGCAUUUUGUGAAAAGAAUGGAUGGCAAUGGUCGACUGAAGAACCUCCCGUUAAGCCUCCUCGUGUGAAGAACUAUGGAGCAAACUUUGCCUGGAACAAGAGAACCAGGCGAUCCACAAAAUAGUCCACAUUGUGCACUUGUAUUUAUUGCUUAAAUUCUCUGAUUGCUUUACCCCAGAGAUGCAAGAUAAAUAUUAUUGGUACAGUAGUAAGUUUUCAGACUACUGCAUUGUAGUAUAAUGUGUAGUGUAAAUAGACUGCUACACAUGUUAAUGCAUUUCAUAUAAAGGUGGCCACAUAUGUAUUUGAAAAAUAUCCUGUUACAGGUAUAUCUAAUGUUUUCGAAAUUUGUUUAAAAUAUAUUCCAUUUCAAGGAGUGAGGGUAUUCCAGAUUAUGUGAACUGUUGUAAUGAAUCUGCUAAAUUAUGAAUGAAGUACGUACAGUACUGAUUUGGACUCCUUUGUCAUUAAGUUUUAUGUAAAUAUUAUCAUGUUAAUUUUUUCUAUCAUUUAUUAUCUCUGUUGAAGUAAUACACUAUGUAAAGAAACUUGUGGCAAAAUCUGACUGUUUAUUAAAAUUUGUAUAUACUGUAUACCUAUGGUGA